AUGGAUUUGGAAUUAGACGAUUUCGACUACUACGAUGUACUAAAUUUGUCUCCAAAUGCGACACAAGAAGAAAUUAAAACCAAUUAUCGCAAUUUAAUUAGGCUUUGGCACCCGGAUAAGCAUUCCUCCACCAGUGACUCGGCCUAUGUGACAUAUAGUAAUGGCCAGAAUGAGGCUACAUAUCGGAAUGUAUCAAUUGAGCCCGAAGACCCAUUGACUAAGAAGAGGGAGACAGCUUUUACAAAGAUCCAGAAGGCAUAUUCAGUGCUUUCAGACCCAGUGUUAAGAAGCCAGUACGAUAAAUAUGGGCAAGAAGGAUCGACCUUAGCAAAGCUGAUAAUGAAUGAGAAGACGAGUGAGCGAAGUGUGUACUCGAUUCCUGAGGAUUUGAGCGAGGAUGGGCCGAAGCAAGAGAUAUCGAGCAUAGAAAAGAAUAACGAGUUCGUCUCAAGGCGAGUGUUCCUGCUGCUGAGGGACCGGUACCAAAGGGAGCUUAAGAUGCUCCCCUUCCAGGUGGUGACAAACUAUACGUUCAACGCAAGGAGUGACCUUUUUUCCGACGACGUGAUGUUCAAAAAAAGGAAGGAUGACAAGUACUCGAGUCAGGCGCUGAUGCCGAGCAGAUACUUGUACUUGACAGGAGUGACGCUGGACAAUUCAGUCGAGCUCCUGUACAACAAGUACAGGUUCGGAGUGACGCUAUCGGCCGUUCUGGCGAGAGGCACGUUUGGAAACCUGCUCUCACGCAUCUACAUGAGCAAGGAGCUCUCGGACACGCUGGAGCUGAGAGUGAGCGCGGACACGGGCAACUUCUUCACGAACAGGGUGCUGCUGCUGAGUCUGAAGAAGAAGUUCAGCGAAACGUUCUGGUCGACUGCGAUUCUGACGCUCUCGGACAGGCUCAUGCCGAACCUGUACGCAGUCUUCCACAAAAACCUGAACAACAAGCACUCGUUCGAGCUCACGCUGACGAACGGAGUGUUCCUGGACUACUCCUACCUCAAGGUGCUCAACAGGCACACGAAGGUAAACCUGAAGGUGGUGGCGACGCCGGACAACAUGGGCGUCGAGAUGAGGACGAAGACGCUGAACGUCUUCGGAAGCACGCUGGGAGCAGUGGUGAGGCUGUGCCUGAUGAAGGGGCUCUCGGUCGAGUGGUUCUUCAGGACGUUCCUGGAGUCGAACUACCUGGGAAUCAUGAAGGCGGAGUACAGGCUGUGUCUGAACAACAACAAGGUGCUCCUGGUCCUGAAGGGCAUUGUCAACAACUCUAAGGUGGUGGUGCCAGUUCUACUGUACAGAGGCGACGAAAACCAGGCGAUAUACCUGGUGUCAUCGCUGACGGCUCUGACCCUUCUGAUGCCCCUGGUGGCGACGGCGGCGCGCAACCUGUACGACAACGUGUGCAGGAUGUCGACGAAGAGGGAGGGAGACAACGUGCUUCUGGACAGGCUCAACAGCAUAAUAGAGUUCGAGGAGUCGGUCUACAGAAACCCGCUCAGGAAUAACUUCUACGCCACGUUCCCGCAGUUCUUCAGGAAGUCGUACGCGUACUACUUCACGGCGGUGCAGGGCGACCUCGGCCUGUACGAGUGCAAGCACAUUAAGUACUACCAGUACCCGCCGCUGCAGAGCGGCCGCUGGGAUCGCGGCUCCGGGGAGUCGGACUCCGACGCCAAGUACAGGCCUGGCCCAGAGGGCAAUGAGCCGACCUUCGAGACGAGCAGGGAGGACGACCUCGGCAGGAAGAUAGCCGCCGACGAGAACAACAAGCUGCUCAACAUCGCCAGGUCGACCUACCUCAGGGAGCUGGAGAAGAAGGGGAUGCUCGUGCUGCUGGCGCUCUACGGGCAUCCCACGGUUCUGGACUACGUGAGCAGGAACCACAAGUCGAUCUACUUCAACACGCGCAGCUACAGUCCACGAGAGGACGUGGUGGCCGAGUUCCUCAGCAGGAGUGGCGCCAGAAAACACUUUGACCCCGGCUUCAAUGCCGCAAGAUGCGUCUUCAACGUUACCAACGUUGUCAUGUCCAAGGUCACAGACUCGACGCUCUACAUGUCGGGAAGGAAUAAGGAAAACCUCAUUGGCUUCUACAACCCGUGUAAGAACCUAGGAAUCGCACCAAAACUACUGAUCAUGUGA